AUGUCCGCGACCUCCGAUAUCAAGAUCCUCCGAACCGUUGCCGAAGUCCGGCAAUGGCGCCGUGACCUCCUCGUCAAGAACGAGUCCGUCGGCUUCGUUCCAACGAUGGGUGCGCUUCAUGCUGGUCAUCUCGCACUCGUCAAUCACUCCAAGAAGGAGAACGACCAUACCAUCGUGUCCAUCUUCGUCAACCCUGCACAGUUCGCACCACACGAGGACCUGGAUCAAUACCCAAGAACGUUCGACUCGGACAAGGCAAAGCUGGACGAAUUAGGUGGUGUGAGCGCUAUCUUUUUGCCCACGGUGAAGGAGAUGUACCCCAAUGGCAUUAAACUCGACAGGUCAAAGCAAGUGGGCGCGUUCGUUGAAGUACAGGGAUUAUCCCACCAACUCGAGGGCAGCGUCCGACCACACUUCUUCCGUGGAGUAGCGACGGUCGUGACGAAGCUCCUGAACAUUGUUCAGCCAGAAAGGUUGUACCUCGGCCAGAAGGACGUACAACAGACGGUUGUUGUGAGGAGGAUGGUCACGGACUUGCACAUCCCUACGGACGUUAGAGUUUGCCCGACGGUCAGAGAGAGCGAUGGAUUGGCAAUGAGUUCGAGGAAUGCGUAUUUGAAUGAGGAGCAAUGGGAGCGGGCGAACAUUCUCAUCCAGGCCUUGAAGGCUGGAGAGGAGGCAUACUUGGCAGGGGCGAGGUCGCAGAAGGACAUUGUCGGAGCAGCAGUAGCAGUCAUUGGAGACUUGAUGUUGAAGAGCGAGAACGGUGUUACUUUGGAGUACAUGAGCUUGGCAGACCCAGAGACGUUGCAAGAGAUCGACGAGAUCCCAGAAGGCGGCAAGGCAAUCAUGAGUGGAGCAGUUAGAAUCGGAAACGCAGCAAAGGGCGAGAGGGUCACCCGAAUCAUUGACAACCAAUUCCUGCCUAGAGACGCAUAG